AUGGGUGGGGGGGCAUUCAGGAUGGCGAAUGGAAACGAGAGCAGCGAAGGGCCUGCUGGGCCGAUGGCAGCAGUGGCAGCUACAGCAGGAGACAUGGUAGCAGAGAGUCCAUCCUCAGCCGUCUCUACCUACAUCAAACUGGUACUGCUGGGGCUGAUCAUCUGCAUCAGCCUCGUGGGUAACCUGGUGGUGUCUCUGCUCGUACUGCGGGAUCGCGCCCUGCACAAGGCACCUUAUUACUUCCUGCUGGACUUGUGCCUGGCAGACACCAUCCGUUCAGCCAUCUGCUUCCCCUUUGUGCUGGUUUCUAUAAAGAACGGCUCAGCCUGGACCUACAGUGUGCUGAGCUGCAAGGUGGUGGCCUUCAUGGCAGUGCUCUUCUGCUUCCAUGCCGCCUUCAUGCUGUUCUGCAUCAGCGUGACACGCUACAUGGCCAUUGCGCACCACCGCUUUUACUCAAAGCGCAUGACAUUCUGGACAUGUGUGGCAGUGGUGUGCAUGGUGUGGACGCUGUCUGUGGCCAUGGCUUUCCCACCUGUUUUUGACGUGGGCACCUACAAGUUCAUUCGUGAAGAGGACCAGUGCAUCUUUGAGCAUCGCUACUUCAAGGCCAAUGACACGCUGGGCUUCAUGUUAAUGCUGGCUGUGCUCAUUUUAGCCACACACGUGGUCUACAUGAAGUUACUCCUCUUUGAAUACAAGCACCGCAAAAUGAAGCCGGUCCAGAUGGUGCCGGCCAUCAGUCAGAACUGGACCUUCCAUGGCCCAGGGGCCACUGGUCAAGCGGCAGCCAACUGGAUUGCAGGCUUUGGCAGGGGCCCGAUGCCCCCCACUUUGCUGGGAAUCCGGCAGAACUUGCACAACCAGAACCGGCGCCUGUUAGGCAUGGAGGAGUUCAAGGCAGAGAAGCAGCUCGGCAGGAUGUUCUAUGUGAUCACUCUGCUGUUCCUGGUGCUCUGGUCUCCCUACAUAGUGGCUUGCUAUUGGAGGGUGUUUGUCAAGGCUUGCACAAUACCACACCGGUACCUCUCCACCACCGUGUGGAUGAGUUUCGCUCAAGCCGGGGUCAACCCCAUUGUCUGUUUCUUCCUUAACAAAGACUUGAAGAAAGGGCUCCUUUCCAAUCUACCAGCCUGCUGCAGGACUAAACCUCAUCUGCCACGAGAGCCUUACUGCGUCAUGUAAGCAGAGAAGAUGAUGUAAACCAAGGGCCAAUCAACUGAUGUGUUGUGGGAGUGUUUUCUUGAGUUAUUGUGGUAUUUGAUUCUACACAAGCUACUUUCAAGCAAUGGGUGUAAACUAGUGAGUGUCAUGGUAAAAACACUGGAGUGGUAAGCAUGUAUCUCCAUCUACCAACCCAUUUUCACUCAGAACUACAGAAUAUGUGGAAUCAGACUUUUGAUAACCAGAAUACUAUAUUAGCAGAACAUGCAAAUAAUAAUGCUCAUUGUGGAAACCAAGCCAGACAAACAACCACCAACAAAUUACAUAAGCUGCUUCAUAAAGAAUGUCAAAGUGGAUUGAUAAGGAUGUCGUCAUGGUGAUGUAGAGAAUCCUAAAGAGGCUGGAUUAGUUAGAUAAUGUUGUUUGUGUGGCGACAGAGGAGAGACGAGGAAAGGAGGUAGAGAAAUGCAACAAAGAUUCCCAGAGUUGAACUUGAGACACUGCCGUUCAUGGUGUGCAUCUUAACCCCUCACAAACCUGUUUUAUUGGUCCUUAAUUUUUCAGCUCUUGACACCAUCAUUUGAUUCCAAGGAUCCGUGACCUUAACUUUUUAACAUUGAAUCCAUAGACACUCUGUUUGUGUUAUUCACCCACAUAGACACAAAGAAUCAAGUUUUUACUAUCAGUUCUCUUAACAAUUUUACAGUCAGUAGUCAGGUGAAAUUACAAAAGACAUUAUGUCAUAUGAGGCUUUAAAAUCAAAUCAUAGAAGCUGGGAGAAGUCAGGUUUGUGAGAACCAUGCUGGGGUCCUUCUACUCAGGGACCAGGGAGAUGGUUUAACCUGAUCCAACAUGAUGUGACUGUUUGUUUUGUUUGAAGUGAACACAUCAGGGACAGGAAAAUUUUCAUGUGUAUGAUGUAUUUUCUUUGUUGACCAGUUAUCCAUGUCUACUGUCUCAGACUGCGUCCACACUGCUAUGUUUUCAUUUUAAAAUUUCCUACGUUUUCUCUUCCGUCCACACAACUCCAGAGUUUUCAAGCACUGAAAACGAAGACAUUUGGAAACACUGAUGUUUUUUUUUGAAAACUCUGGUGUUGUGUUUUAUUUUGAAAACUCUAGGGUUGUGUUAGAAAACUGAUCUUUGGAAACGAUGGCGCCUCCUGAUUGGCUCUCAUCAGCCUCAACUACCAGUG